AUGGUCAAAGCCGUCGAACCAAUGGUGUUUUUCGCAGCAGCGUCCGCAGCAGCCUCAAGCUGGUCCUUCAACAGCGAGAUCAUGGUCUACAGCAAUCAGCGGGGUGCCGCUGCUGCUGCUGCUGGUAGUGGUACUACCGCUGGCCAGAGCAGCCUUCAGAACCGCAUCCAUGGCAGCGGUAUCCUUGACCGCUCAGUUCCAUCCCAUCAACAACCCCCUUCAUUGCAACAGCAGCAGCAGCCUAGCAUCGACUCCUCUUCUCCUUUAUCCGCACCACUUCGCAUGGUUGCAGAGCAGUUCUCGAGCAAAUCAACAACUCAUCCCACACGAGAUCUACGUUAUACUAUCGAGACUGAAGGUGCAUACGUCGCCGUGGACCUCGAGCUUAUGGUGAUGAGGGAAGGUCAGUCUGACUCGUAUGAUGACUUUGGUCAUGACAACAACGCCAGACUUGUCGCCGAGAACACAGGGGCCGCUGCUAACGGACGUCCGAAGCACAAGAAGAUCGGGCGGUUUACAGUUCACAGAGGAUGGUCACGUAGCUGA